CAAAAGCUGUUAAAUGAAGGGAGAAAGCCGUAUGUCAUCCCUGCUGGUGGAUCCAAUUCUCUAGGAAUCUGGGGCUAUAUCGAGGCAAUCAGGGAAAUUGAGCAACAACUUCAGCACUCGAGCAUCGAACGGAAAUUUGAUGACGUUGUUGUAGAUUGUGGCAGUGGGGGUACAGUUGCUGGCUUGUCAAUUGCAUCCAGGCUCAGUGGCUUGAAAGCAAAAGUUAAUGCAUUUUGUAUUUGUGACGAUCCGGAUUAUUUUUAUGAAUAUGUUCAAGAACUACUUGAUGGAAUUAAUGCAGGGGUUGGCUCCCAUGAUAUUGCUAGCAUCAAAAGUGCAAAAGGCCUUGGGUAUGCUAUGAGCACCGCUGAUGAGCUUAAAUUUUUAAAGCAAGUUGCUGAAACAACAGGUGUCUGUCUCCAGUGGUAAAGCAGCUUAUGGAAUGAUGAAAGAUAUGGGCGAGAAUCCAAGAAAGUGGGAGGGAAGAAAGAUUCUCUUCAUACACUCAGGUGGGCUACUAGGUUUGUAUGACAAAGCUGAUGAAAUAGGUUCAUUUAUGGGCAAAUGGCGUAAAAUGGAUAUCAACGAAUCUGUCCCUAGACAAGAUGGCAUCGUUAAAAUGUUCUGAAAUGCCAAAAGAAUAAAGGUAUUUUGUGACCUCUCCUAAGACUAGUUGAGUUAUGGAUGCAUGAUUUCUUCUUGCUAUCCCUAAGGGGGCUGCCUUUAGUGACCCACUUGGUGGGACUGGUGAGGUUUCCCAUUGAUUUUUCUUAAUAAUAAUGGUGUAUGGACCAUCUUGUGCUCAUCUCAAUUAUUUAUUUACUGUAUUCUUGUUACCUCUCACCAGCAACUGGUAUAUGUAAGAAUUAUUCCAAUGAAAAACAAUCAUCUAUAAUUCUUUGUUUGCUUUACUGGAAAUUGAACCUUGAUUUCCUUUCAUUUUACCCAUUUCAAUUCACCACACUAGGUGCCUCUCCCUUCGAAAUAUUUUGCUUGAGUAAUUUGAGUGUAAAUGGUAUCAAUUAGGCAGCUAUACAGUUUUUGCCGUCACAUCAGCUCCAGAAUCUGGUUAGCUAAAUGACUAGUGAAAAUGAUUGUCCAGCGGCGUCUCUAAAACCCACCAGGGAACAAAACAAAACAAAACAUCUACUCGAAGGAAUUCAUACCCAUUGUGGGGGAAGUGGGAACACAACAAAGAAAUCGUGGUUGUAUAUGUUAACCAAAUCAAGGAAUACCACCUAACAAAAACAUUGACACUUAUAAUGUCCAAGACUCCAAGUUCAAGUGAGCAAUUUGUUAUUAGAAAUUGGAGUUGGAGUUAGUUUUAAAAGUUGGUACAACUA